AUGUGCCCUCACUGCAUCCAAACUGCCCUUUUCUCAAUUGCUAAGCACGCCAGCCACGACGAAGAACACGCACAGCAAGAGAUCCGACCAGAUACAGGAACACGACACGGGCGAGAUCACGACACAGACCUCACCGCGCCCGCGUUAUCACUUACCCCGGGAGGACAGCUGACAGGGCUAAAUAGGAGGCGCUUUUGGUACCGGGCGAUAGACUUUGGACACACCUCAAGCACCAGCUUAUCGAAUUGGAGUAGGCGGCGCCCCUGCGACCUUGAGUCUCCGGGCGUGGGUUUGGCAUAUAUAGUGCAGGGGCGUCGGGGCAGAGGCAGGCAGGCAGCAGUCGAGGACGAAAGUAGCAAUAUGAGAGUCUUGGUGCUUUUGGCUUUUGUGUUGGGGUGCAACGCGAGCUUGGUGUUGCUGCCGUUCCCGGUGGCGCAGCAGUACCGCUCGCAGGACCUGUUCGGACAAACCUCCUUCGGCCACUUCAGCUUCGACCAGAACCAGCAGCAGACCCGUCUCGCUGAUGGCACCGUCGUCGGAUAUUACUCCUACAUCGGCGCUGACGGCAAGCCCGCCGUCACCAUCUACGAGGCCGGCCGACAGGGCUUCCAAGUGAAGGGCUCCAACAUCCUGCCAGAGGCACCCGAGGUCCCCGCCGCCCCUGAGCUGAAAGCACCCGAGCCGGUGCAGGAGACACCCGAAGUGCUCCAGGCUCGCGCCGACUUCCAGCAGAAGUUCGACGAGGCCACCAGCACCCGGAAGCGCCGCGAGGUGCAGAUCCCCCUGCCGUACUUCCACCCGGUCCCCACCGUGGCCAAGCACAAGUUCGAGACCAAGCAGUUCGAGCCGGUCGACGCCAACACCCCCGCCGACACCAAGAAGAUCGAGCUCACCACCAAGGAGCACGAGAUCUCCGUGCCCACCAUCAAGUACGUGCAGCCUGUGGUCAACGUCAAGCCCGUCACCUACACUGCUGCCUCCCCAGUGGGCCUGCCAUACACCUUCCCCUUCGCGCCCACUCUUCCCUUCCAGACUCCCUUCCCGUUCGUCUCUGUCAAGACUGCGGAAUAGACUUCCUUUCAUUCCAAAGUCCCUGAAACUGUUCCGAUGACCCCAACUAGCGUUGUUUUUGCCUCACAUUUUAUGACGAUCUGCGCCUCGACACUUAAAGUCUACAUGCAUUCUGGACAUUAAGUGCAUGCUUGGCGGUCAUUAUAAAGUGUGGGGAUUAAAAAUCACUCAGCCAUCGCACUUUAUUGUGGACGCGUGCACUGGUGUGGAUGUGCGUAGAUGUUUUUUGUUGAUGCUGAACUGUUCAACUGUUAAAAAAGAGAUAAAGGCUGAGCGACUCGCUGUCAAUUCGCAAAAGAAAACAAUAAAAAAAUAUCAAAUUACAA